CAUGCUUGUGUAGUCAUGCACACAAAUUCUCUUGUUAUGCUGAGUUUCGAUGGCCUUAAGCAGGCUGUUGUUGUAUUUCUAUCCCAUUGUUGUUGUCAUGGAAAGACCUUUUCUGUGCAAUUCAUUAUAUGUGAUUCUGACAGGGGAUUAGGAGACCGUGGAAAGGUGUUCUCAUGUUUGGGCCUCCCGAAACUGGGAAGACACUUCUUGCUAAAGCAGUUGCUACUGAAUGCGGUACCACUUUCUUUAAUGUUUCUUCCGCAACUUUAGCUUCCAAAUGGCGUGGUGAGAGUGAACGCAUGGUGCGGUAUUUGUUUGAUCUUGCAAGAGCAUAUGCACCAAGUACAAUUUUCAUUGAUGAAAUUGAUUCUCUGUGCAAUGCUAGGGGGGCUUCUGGGGAACAUGAAUCAUCCAGAAGGGUGAAGUCUGAACUUCUAGUUCAGGUUGAUGGUGUAAACAAUAGUUCCACAAAUGAAGAUGGUACCCGUAAAAUAGUAAUGGUUUUGGCAGCCACAAACUUCCCUUGGGACAUAGAUGAGGCACUGAGGCGAAGGCUGGAAAAGCGUAUAUACAUUCCUCUUCUGAAUUUUGAGAGUCGUAAAGAGUUGAUCUGUAUCAAUUUGAAGACUGUGGAGGUGGCCCCUGAUGUCAAUAUAGAUGACGUGGCUCGCCGUACAGAAGGCUAUAGUGGAGAUGAUUUGACAAAUGUAUGUUGUGAUGCUUCCCUGAAUGGUAUGAGGCGUAAGAUAGUGGGAAAAAAAUUUACUUUUUUUUAA